ACAGAGCGGGGAGCCGGAGGAGGCGGGGGCAGAGGUGGAGGAAGCCGGAAGUGGAUUGGGCCCGGGUCGGUCCGGGCGUUGCGGGUUUGGGGCCUGGGAACGCUCGGCCCCGGGCAGCUGAGGAGCCCUUGACAGGACGGAGCGACGCCAUCCCGGCAUUGAGGCCUGCUGACCGGCAGGCUCUGUGCGCCCCGCGGAGGUCGGCGGCGAACAGCAGCGACCGCGGAGCGACGGCGGGCGGCCCCGGGCAUGUACGCCCCCGGAGGCGCAGGGCUGCCCGGCGGGCGCCGGCGGAGGAGCCCGGGAGGCAGCGCUCUGCCCAAGCAGCCGGAGCGUAGCCUGGCCUCGGCCCUGCCGGGUGCCCUGUCCAUCACCGCUCUGUGCACUGCCCUCGCCGAGCCUGCCUGGCUGCACAUCCACGGUGGCACCUGUUCUCGCCAGGAGCUGGGGGUCUCCGACGUGCUGGGCUACGUGCACCCGGAUCUGCUGAAAGAUUUCUGCAUGAAUCCCCAGACGGUCCUGCUCCUGCGGGUCAUCGCCGCCUUCUGCUUCCUGGGCAUCCUGUGUAGUCUCUCCGCAUUCCUUCUGGAUGUCUUUGGGCCCAAGCAUCCAGCCCUGAAGAUCACCCGUCGCUAUGCCUUCGCCCACAUCCUCACAGUCCUGCAGUGUGCCACUGUCAUCGGCUUCUCUUACUGGGCUUCCGAACUCAUCCUGGCCCAGCAGCAGCAACAUAAGAAGUACCACGGCUCCCAGGUUUACGUCACCUUUGCUGUUAGCUUCUACCUGGUAGCAGGCGCUGGCGGGGCUUCCAUCCUGGCCACAGCGGCCAACCUCCUGCGCCACUAUCCCACGGAGGAAGAGGAGCAGGCACUGGAGCUGCUGUCAGAGAUGGAGGAGAAUGAGCCCUACCCGGCAGAGUACGAGGUCAUCAACCAGUUCCAGCCGCCCCCAGCUUACACACCCUAGUGCCAGCCGUGGGCUCUCCUCCUCGGUAGCCCUCCCCACUCUGUGGCGCCUCCCACACCCUGAGGUGCUCCCCUUCCCAGCAGGCCUCGCCAACCUUCCCCGGGAGAGACUCUGCCUUUAGGGUCAUUCACGGAUCCCUGCUCUCGAAACCUGGGGUUCACUGAUUUUAGAUAACGCACUCUUUCCCCUCUUGCCACCCCCUCUCCCUCCACGGUCAGUAGUCACCACCAGCCAGGGAUGGGCAUGCACGUUUUCCCCCUACGUGGGCCCUGUCUCUGAGACUGAGACUCUCCUUGGGGAGCUGUUGACAGUGGACAGUCCCCACUAGAAGAAGUGUCCACGGGGCCCAGGGGAAAGGGGACCGUGCCCUGCGGGCUCACCUCAUAGCUAUCCGUGUGUGUCCCGCAGCGGUAGCUCUGGGCUGCGCCUCACCCCCACCCCUCCUGGGAGUGCCCAGCACCGGGCUGCCCGCUCUGUGGGAUUCUCUGCACUUUAGUCUUCGGACUGCCCGUCACGUGGGUUCUGGUUGUGUGGGGAGAAGCGGUGGCCACUGGGAAGCAGAGCACGUUGUCUCCCUGCCCCAUCCCUGCCUGGUGUCCGGCGCCCCCGUGUGAGCCUGAGGCCCCCUGGGGCCCGGAAAGGAUACGUGUGAAGGGGGCCGAGUCUCCCCAGCCCUGCCACCUUUUAAAAUGUGAGUGGUUUUAAAAGGGAAAAACAAAACCGAGCAACAGUACCCAUACUCUCUUUUUAAACUAGUGACGCGACUGCCAUCCUCCCUCGGCUGUUUACCCCAUCCCUUCUGGCCCUGCAGUGUUUGGGGCCGCAGUCCCUUCCAGCCCCUGGUAGUCCCUUCCCGAAUCUCUCCCGGCAGAAUGCAGCCCUCCUCCCUCGCUCCCUCCCUCCCAGUGACCGUGGCUCCCUGGGGCCUUCCUGUGGAACCCAGAGCCGCUAGGGCCCAGCGGGCUGAGGACUGUGGCCUGGCUGGCUGGCCAGCGUGGUGCUCCUCAGGACCUUGGCACUGAGAUGUAACCUGGCCUCCGUGCAGGAACAGAGGCCGCAGCAGGGCAGGAAGCCCACUGCUCUCCACAUAGGAACCACAACCAGGGGGGCUCCCGCUGUGUGAGGUGUCAGAACCCCCUGUCAGAUGAGUGGACCUGGCUGUGCCCUCCAGGCUCAGGUGUCCCCUGGACUGUGACUUGGGGCAGCAGCCUGCUGUGUGCCCCUCUCCCCUUGUUGAAUGUACUCUGGUCUCACAGUGUGCUACUGGCUCUGUCUUGCCCCUUCAUCACUCUGGCUGUUCUGUUGGCCACACGUGGCUCUGGAUUGGCUCAGUUUUCUGCCCUGAGAUCUGGGGCAUCAAGUGGAGAACGCUGAGAGACCUUCAGUGCGGAUCCAGAUGGCCAAGCUUCCUUGGAACCAGUGUCCAGCACUGAGCCGAAAAGCAGGUGGAUUCCCGUGUCCUUCACAGGCGAUAGAGUAAGACUGGAGAACGGACACCGUUGUUGACCUGUGGCUAGACAGGGACCAUCAUGUCCCUUGUCCUUCUUUGGCCAGACUGCCUGGGGAUGCCUGUGUGGCUGGUGAAGGCCAUGUCAGCGGGUGAGUGAGCAGCUGCAUGGGGUUCACCGUGAUGCUAAAGUGUGUCCCGUGGUGACUCUCACACUCUUCCAGACUCUUCUCUUAGGCAAGAAAGACUGCCGUGUGAUACCCGAGCACAAAGCCAAGGAGCUAAAUUAAGUCCUGUCUUGCUGUAAACUCCGAGUUUGUCUUUGGCAGAUUUCCAGGGCACGGCCAGCUCUCUGACCUUGGGGGUCUGAGUGGGUGGACCAGGAGACCAGGCACCAAACACGCAUGCCAAAGUGACCGGUCAUCUCAUGAGGACCCAGACAUGACCCUGUGGACCGUUCCACGUGGUUCGGAACCCACUUUUUAUUAGCUACCCAUGCCUCUGGCCUUUCUUUCUCUAUUCCCCUACCUUCCUGACACUGAUAGUUUGUCAUAUAAACUCCCCUGGUUGUGUUCCUUUUUUUUUUCUAGAAAAAAAAUUAAAAGCAAAACAAAACAAAAAAACAGAAACCACAAAUAAGAAUGUAAA